CGUUAUACGAUUAAAAUAAAUAUAUGAAAACGUUGUAAUAUUACUAUCAUUUAAAAGGCAUCGCGUGUAGAAGAAUUUGUAGAAAAAAAUAAAUGAAUAAACAUUCUCAAGAAGGAAUAUCGCAAAAUGGCUAAGCAAAUGUUUAUAAUAUUAUCUAUGCUUUGGUAUAAAGUGUUUCGCUACGAGUUCGAAGUAACGGUUUCACGCUUGAGAUGCACAAGGCUGUAGAGAGGUUUUUACCAGCUGUAGAAGAGAACUUUAACGCGAGGAAUAUAUGACGAGAGUCAAUUAUCGCAGCCAUAUACGUUAUUUAAGUGUGUGCACACGUCUAUACACAGUUCAAAAAGCGAAAGGACUAUUGACCAAAGGAAAAAACAAGACCAACGAUUGCUUCGUGACGAUUGCCCUCGGCAAGGAAAAGUACCAGACGUCGGUGAAAGAGAAGGCUUCCAAGGACGUGGAAUGGCAUGAGGAAUGCGAAUUAGCCAUACCAGAACACGGAAACACCGCGGAAAUCGUCCUCACGGCAUUGCACCGUAACUUCCUUGGCGUAGAUGAAUUUCUCGGCACGAUUAGCAUUCCCUUGUCGAGUUUCGAUGUUUAUGAGAGACCCAAGAAUAGAUGGUAUACGUUGUGCAGUAAGCCAGGAAAAGAAAAUACAAAAGACAGAGGCGAGCUUGAAGUAAGAAUUGGUUUUAUAGUGAAGGCUGGUAGUUUAACUGAUCUUACGAGAAAGGAAAGACACAAAAGUUCUCUAGGGCAAUUGUCGACUGCGGCUCAGUCAAUUGGAGGAAGUUUGUUGAGUAUAGGUAGUAUCGAGAAACGUAAGGGAUUAAAGAAGUUGGCCAAGUCUAUAGGUAAUCGAGUUAAAGGAAAGAGCAAAAAUAGAUUAGAUAAAGAGAAUUUGGAUGAGAGAGAAGAAGAUCAUGGAUUUCGAAGGACUAGACAAGAACCCGGAGAAGCCGAUCCUGGUGUCAUCAGUGAGGACGAGGAUGAAUUUACGUUCGACGAUCUGUCUCACAAGAGUUCGGCCUCAUCGUUGAAUGCACCGGUCGCUAGUGUAAAUGGUGCGAAGAAAAGCAAUAGCGUGACCUCGGUCGAAUCCGCUGGUUCCUCUGGUCGAAAUAAUGUCGGUCAAGAAAUACAGCAAACGGCACCGAUGAUGAUUAACGUGGCACCCAAUAAGCCACCACGUUUUGCCACAAGUUUCUCGACCACGUCUCUGUCCAAAAUCGAUGAUCAAAAAGACGAAUGGGGUCUGAAACUUUACGGGAAGCAACCUAGUGCUUCCAAGAGAUGGGAAAAUAACAAGCUGAGUAAUCCAAAGAUUUUGAUAGAUGAGGCAAAGGACGAACGAUCGGAUCGAUCGCCAGCACCCUCGCCAUCACCAACAUCCAGAUUUAGAGAUACUCCAGAACCUCCGAGUCCAGCUCCGCGAGAAAUAAUUCAAAUUAAGAACAACAAAGAGGAAAAGCCUUCUUUAAUCAAAGAUAAAUUUUCCAAGGAAGAUAAAUUGAAGGAUAAGAGAGAGGAAAAGUUCCUUACGCGGAGUCCAAGGGAAGAGAAAAUAUCAAAGAAAGAUAAAAAAAAGGAAAAGGAGAAUAAAACCAAAGAAAUGAACGAGGAGAAUCAUCCUUCAUCCUCGGAAAGGAUCAUAAUAGGUGGGGAAGACGCGUUUAAGGGUGAACAAGUAUCGAAACAUCGACUACCCCAUGAAGUUAUUUCCCAAUUUGACGGAAAAUCUAGAGAAGAUUUGAUAGAACUGACGUUACAACUUCAAGCAGAAAUAGCAGACAAAAAGAAACGUAUGGUCGAUUUGGAAGAUUACAUUGAUUCUUUGUUGUUACGAGUCAUCGAGUGUUCACCACGUUUAUUGCAAAAUCCAUUUCAAACACAAAGACGUUUAUCGUCUCCUGGACAUCAGUGAAAAUUCACGCGUGUUCUUCUAAUCGAACUGAUAUUAUUCUUGUUAAAUAAUUUCAUUUUAUUCCCAAUGCCGAAGCUCCUUAUUAUUAUUAUUAU